GGCCCAGUGCGUGGCAGCGCCCGCCGGCCCCGUCGCGAAGUUUCCAGUUCAGCUUGUGUCUCGGUGCCGGCGGAUUGUCCCGGAGACUCGGCUAUGCGGUCCCUGCUGCUCCUGGUCCCGCUGGCCUGGCUUCUUUUGGCCCAGGCGAAGGACGACGGCAAGCUGGAGGACAACCUUUUGGUCCUCACUGUGGCCACAAAAGAGACCGAGGGCUUCCGCCGCUUCAAGCGUUCAGCCCAGUUCUUCAACUACAAGAUCCAGUCACUGGGCCUGGGGGAGGACUGGAGCCUGGAUGGAGGACCAUCAGCAGCAGGUGGAGGACAGAAGGUUCGGCUGCUGAAGAAGGCACUGACAAAGCAUGCAGACAAGGAAGACCUGGUUAUUCUCUUUGUUGAUAGUUAUGAUGUCGUGUUUGCCUCGGGACCCCGCGAACUCUUAAAGAAGUUCCAGCAGGCCAAGAGCCAGGUGGUCUUCUCAGCAGAGGAGCUCAUCUAUCCGGACCGGAGGCUGGAGGCCAAGUAUCCCACAGUCUCUGAUGGCAAGCGAUUCCUGGGCUCUGGAGGCUUCAUUGGUUAUGCCCCCAGCCUCAGCAAACUGGUGGCCGAGUGGGAUGGCCAGGACAGUGACAGCGACCAGCUCUUUUAUACCAAGAUCUUCUUGAACCCAGAGAAGAGGGAGCAAAUCAAUAUCAGCCUGGACCAUCGCUGCCGAAUCUUCCAGAACCUGGAUGGAGCCUUGGAUGAAGUCGUCCUCAAGUUUGAGAUGGGCCAUGUGAGAGCACGGAAUCUGGCCUAUGACACCCUCCCGGUGGUCAUCCAUGGCAAUGGGCCCACCAAGCUGCAGCUGAACUACCUGGGCAACUACAUUCCUCGCUUCUGGACCUUCGAGACGGGCUGCACCGUGUGUGACGAGGGCCUACGAAGCCUCAAGGGCAUUGGGGAUGAAGCUCUCCCCACUGUCCUGGUCGGUGUGUUCAUUGAACAGCCGACACCAUUUCUGUCCUUGUUUUUUCUGCGGCUGCUGCGCCUACGAUACCCUCAGAAACAGAUACGCCUCUUCAUUCACAACCAAGAACAGCACCACAAGCUUCAGGUAGAGCAGUUCCUGGCGGAGCACGGCAGUGAGUACCAGUCUGUGAAGCUAGUGGGUCCUGAGGUGCGAAUGGCCAACGCAGAUGCCAGGAACAUGGGCGCAGACCUGUGUCGCCAGGACCAAACCUGCACCUACUACUUCAGUGUGGAUGCUGACGUGGCUCUGACUGAGCCGAACAGCCUGCGGCUCCUGAUCGAGCAAAACAAGAAUGUCAUUGCGCCACUCAUGACGCGCCAUGGGAGGCUCUGGUCCAACUUCUGGGGGGCACUGAGUGCAGAUGGGUACUAUGCCCGCUCGGAGGACUACGUGGACAUUGUGCAGGGACGUCGUGUCGGUGUCUGGAACGUGCCUUACAUCUCGAACAUCUACCUGAUCAAGGGCAGUGCCCUGCGGGCCGAGUUGCAGAACGUCGACCUUUUCCACUACAGCAAGCUGGAUCCCGACAUGAGUUUCUGCGCCAAUGUCCGACAGCAGGAGGUGUUCAUGUUCCUGACCAACCGGCAUACCUUUGGCCACCUGCUGUCCCUGGAUAACUACCAGACCACCCACCUGCAUAAUGAUCUCUGGGAGGUGUUCAGCAACCCUGAGGACUGGAAAGAGAAGUACAUUCACGAGAAUUACACCAAGGCUCUGGAGGGGAAGCUGGUGGAGACGCCUUGUCCAGAUGUCUACUGGUUCCCUAUCUUCACGGAGGCAGCCUGUGAUGAGCUGGUGGAAGAGAUGGAACACUAUGGCCAGUGGUCUCUGGGUGAUAACAAGGACAACCGUAUCCAGGGUGGUUAUGAAAAUGUGCCCACUAUUGACAUCCACAUGAACCAGAUCACCUUCGAGGGGGAGUGGCACAAGUUCCUGGUGGAGUACAUUGCCCCCAUGACGGAGAAGCUGUACCCUGGCUACUACACCAGGGCCCAGUUUGAUCUAGCCUUCGUGGUCCGCUAUAAGCCCGAUGAGCAGCCUUCCCUGAUGCCUCACCACGAUGCCUCCACCUUCACCGUCAACAUAGCCCUGAACAGGGUUGGGGAAGAUUAUGAGGGCGGAGGUUGCCGAUUUCUGCGCUACAACUGCUCCGUGAGAGCCCCAAGGAAGGGCUGGGCCCUCAUGCAUCCUGGGCGGCUCACACACUAUCACGAAGGGCUUCCCACUACCAAGGGUACCCGCUACAUUGCUGUGUCCUUCGUCGAUCCAUAACUGCCCAGUGCCUGCCUCUGUUCAACCUAUCUCUUCAUUGACAACCACUGCCUAGCAGCCCCUGGGGCCAAGGAAGCCAAUCCAGCCUCUGAUUCCUGAAUUCCUGUUGCUCUUGAAGCCUCUGGUUGUAAGGAUUGGGUGCAGACCAGAGAUAGGGCGUCCCCUCCAAGAUUGGGGCUGCCCAUGGUGCUCCCACCAGUCUCAGGAGAUGGUGGUAAUGUUCAUCUUCCUGGAGUUCCCAGCCCUCCUUCUUCCUCUGACUUCCCCUGGGGCUAGACUUCUGCCGGAGCUGCCUGGGAUGCUGGAGAGUCAGAAGCUUUGCCUAGAGUACCUCUGGAAGAGCUAGCCCCCAGGAUUCUGUUUCAAGUUUCAGUGCCACCAAGAUCUGGGUCAGCCCACCUACAGCAACUCCACCUCUGAACCUAGGACUGUUGGUGCCUUCUCUUCCAGGUUUUUAUCACCAGAGCAAAUAGUUGUCUCUAUUGAGACUGUAACUCGAAAUCCUCCCAGAGGGGCAGGAAAGACAUCUGUGACAAUGUUUGGUUCUCUACUGAUCCUGCUUGGGGGAGGGACAUAUGUCCACACUGUACUGGGUCACCCUGUCCCGAUGCCUCUGGAGACAGGGACAGAGAUGAGAGUUCUAUUAAAUGUUGUUCAAACCACUGUAUGAGAGAAGCCUGGGGUGGGGCAGCAUACACGUGACUGGCAGAUCACAGCAGGGGGUGUUGUGACAUUCUGUGGCUGGAGGGACAGGCUGUCAGUAGACUGUGGGACUCCUGUUUCUCAAACCCAGUGCCUUGCGACCUCUAGGGUUCAUUUGUGUUUUAUAAAACUCUCUGCUAUGAACUGGGAACUGGCUGAGACAUAUUGUUUCAGUUGCCGAGACCUGCA